AUGGCUUACAACAAGUCCUACAACCCCGAUGCGCUCCCAGCUCACGCUGAGCCAGAACAGGUCGCGCAGAUGUUAGGCAACAUGAAUGUAUCAGGCCAAAGCCACACCCCAAGCCACACCCCAAGCCUCAACCAAAAGCCGCUCCCCUCUCGCCCACCACCGCAAACAGCUCACAGCAGUGGUAUUCCUCCCCGCGUUCCUGUAUCUAGCGCUCCCCCGCAACACGCAUACGCCGCAGCAGCACCACGCCUCGACGCCCAGCCCCACCACUCCCACUCCUACAGCGGCCGCCCCUCUUCAGCAACCGCGCCUCCCCCGAGCCAAACCAGCCAGUCUCAGUCUCGUCCUCACCCCCUCCACCCCUCCCCGCCACCCCAGAACUAUGGUUUCGGGCCUCCGCCAGUGCAGCCCCAGCGCAGCAGACCCCCGUCCUCAUCGCGCCCUCCCCAGUCGCCCGCCCCACCGCCAUUGACAGCACCCAACAAUGACCCGCAACAACUCUUCCCCCUCUUUCGCGCCGCGAACGCCUCUAACUCCGGCACCCUCACUGAAGGGGAGCUCGGAAGCGCGCUCGUGAAUGGCGACUAUACGUCUUUCCACCCGCGAACAGUCAGACUGAUGAUUCGGAUGUUCGACCGUGACGGCAGCGGAACAAUCAACUUCGAUGAGUUUGUCUCGUUGUGGCGGUAUUUGGCUGCUUGGCGGGAGCUGUUUGAUCGUUUCGACGAGGACCGCAGUGGACGUGUCAGUCAGCCGGAGUUUGAGAAGGCGCUUGUUGCAUUCGGAUACCGUCUUAGUGGGAAGUUUGUUUCUAUUAUCUUUGGUGUCUUUGAAGGCAAGGCAAAGCAGAUGAGUAAUGCGCCUAAGGAUCCUAGAUCUACUGGUAUGAGCUUUGAUCUUUUCGUUCAGGCUUGUAUUAGUCUGAAGCGUAUGACGGAUGUCUUUAAGCGGUAUGAUGAGGAUCGGGAUGGGUAUAUUACUCUGAGCUUUGAAGAGGCUUUGACUGAGAUUCUGCUAUUGCAGGAGUAA